AUGAAUUUCUUCAUACUCAUCAUGGCGGAAUCGACACCUGAAGGCGUUGUUAGGAACCACUUUUCAAUGCCUGAAUUGUUCGAAAGAAUGGAACAAUUUUCCUUCCACGAGGAAACGAAGAAAUUUGUCAAGUGGGAAUUCCGUGAUUGGAAAGACGGGUGUCAUGUCCUCCCCAACAUCAUUCAGGACGUAGAAGAUAGCGAAGGUGACAUAGCCGAAAUGGAGAUGAUGAAGAGGAUUUACGAAUAUGCUCAUGAUGAAAAACAACCGAUGUUCGUCGUGGCCAACGUCAAGGCUCUAGAAGAUGAUUGGAAGUUUGACGCGAUCAUUGUACAUCGUCGGGUGGGAGUCAAGAUUCUUCAGGUGGUAUUUUCGAAACCGGAACGUUUGACAGAGGCAUUGGAGGAAGCGGAGAGGCAAGUAACGGAGAGCAUAGCGAGGAUCCGACGACUUUAUGAAAGAGCCUUCCCAGAUUCAUCAUUCGAAGGGACAAUUCGCGGCCAAUGCGGAUAUGCCUGCUUUCCCUGCAACUUUUUCCCAGUCACGCUUCAGGAAUGGAAACAAAAAGGAGUUCUCACUAAGGAUGAAUGUAAGAACCCCGAUUCCUUCAAAGAAUGGUGGAAGAAGUUCAUAUUCUCCAACGACGACGAACCCCUUCCAGAACUCAUUCCAGAAGAGAAAUACUUGGAUCUCCUGUCAAUGUGUGUUCAUGGGAGCCUGGUGCUUUCGACCAAGCAUAGACAGGCAAAACUUAGGUUGGUUGGUGCAUGCGAUUUCUUCAACGUUGCCCCUCCUCGUCCCAUGCCAUCUAAACUCCCAUUUGAAAUGGGUGGAAUGUGA